GAUUCCGAUCCACGCGAACAAGCGCAACAGAGCGAAUCAAACGAGCAUCGUUCCCAAAGAGCGUUCCCUCGCAACAUCGCGCUAUUCCUUGGGACGCCUUCGAGAGGAGCAUCGAAGCAGAGUUUCGUCUUUUAUCUCACGCUCGAACCCCAGAAGAACUCUAUGAGCACGAAAAUGGAGCAGCCGUUCUACCACGACGACUCGUUUCUGUUGGGUUACGGCCACAGCGACGCGGCACUGCACGACUACAAACUCCAGAAAGCGGGCAUGAACUUGAACCUGACCGAGCCCUAUCGGAACCUCAAAUCGGAUCUGUAUCAGACCGGCGGCGUCGAUAUGGGCUCGCUCAAGCUGGCCUCGCCGGAGCUGGAGAGGCUCAUCAUCCAGAACAGCAACGGGGUGCUGACGACGCCCACCCCGGGCCAGUACCUCUACGGCCGGGGCAUCACCGACGAGCAGGAGGGCUUCGCGGAGGGCUUCGUCAAGGCUCUGGACGAUCUCCACAAGAUGAACCAGAUGCCCCCGCCCAACGUGUCGAUUGGAGCCGGCGGCGUGACGACGUGCUCGACGACCGCGUCCGUCUUUGGCUCCUCCCUGCAGUCUGAGCCUCCCAUUUACACGACGCUGAACGCGUACUGCCCGGCAGCGCCCAGCCACCCGUCCGCCACCAUCAGCUACCUGCCGCCGCAGAGCCAGCACCCGGAACCCGCGCAGGCGUUCCAGCACUCCGGCGUCCUCCCGCAGCGCUUCGCGAACUUGAAAGAGGAGCCCCAGACCGUUCCCGACAUGCACAGCAGCGACGGCUCGCCGCCCAUGUCUCCGAUCGACAUGGAGAGCCAGGAGCGCAUCAAGGCGGAGCGCAAGAGGCUCCGGAACCGACUGGCGGCCACCAAGUGCCGGCGGCGCAAGCUCGAGCGCAUCGCGCGGCUGGAGGAGAAGGUCAAGGUGCUCAAGUCCGACAACGCCGGGCUGUCCAACACGGCCUCCGUGCUGCGGGACCAGGUGGCCCAGCUCAAACAGAAGGUCCUGAGGCACAUGAACAGCGGCUGUCAGCUGAUGUUGACCAGCAAGAUGGAAGCGUUUUAAGCGCGCUCGGACCCUUACGCGGAUGCAACACUGGAAAUCGUUUGUGUUCCUCGGCCGAACGGAAGCCGAGAGCCUUCGGACGCGUUCUGGGUUCCGAAUAAAACGAACGGAGCGUGACGGAACGGACUCCGAGCCCCCCGGAGACGGACGGGGGUCACGGGCGAAGCGGGAAGGCCGGUCUCGGUAUCAACAAUGUGUUUUUUUCGUCAUGAUCAACUGCAUUUGAUCACGAGAACGCAUCUGAUAUUGUCGUGCAGUUCCAGAACUCAUAACUUAUUGUACUGAUCGGGUUGAUCCCGACGCCGUGUGUUAACGAUGUCACAUGUUUACAAUGUCUCUCUUUAUUUUUUUAUGUGUGCGAUUUGUUUAUUUAAGUAAAGGUUUUGAAAUACGA